GAGUCAUGGACUCCUGCAAAAAGGUCAAGAAUGCCUUUUGUUAAUCAUACAUGUGACCGAUACCGAGAGCGACGAAAUAGAAAUAAUGAGGCAGCACGAAAAUGCCGAGAAAAUACGAAAGCUCGUGAGCGAGAUAUGAAGGAAUUGACUGCAAAGCUUGAGGGAAAAAAUGAAAGUUUGAAGAAAAGGGUGGAUGAAUUGGAAGAGCUUGUAAAGAAGCUCAGAGAAGCACUGUUUAAGGCCGUGGUUAAAAUUGGUCAAGAAGCAUCACCAAAGAUGGGCAUUGAUUCACCAAGAGACGAGCAGCAGAACAAGCGCUUUUGCUGUGGGAGUGAAGUAUCUACAUUCUCUCCCCCUGGCGCAGCACAUGAUGGCUGGGCUUUGGAUGACUCAGUGGCCAGACUGAGUAGAUCUCAGCCAGAACCAAGGUUAGAGCAGCCCUGUGUACCAGUUGAGAGUGUUGCUGCAGCUAUGCAGGAAGAAGAGGGGACAUUGUCAUUUUCACAGCCAGCGCACCUGAAUGAUAUGGUGCUGAAUUCACAGCUGCAUGCUACUCAGCCAUGUACACAGACUUCCAGUCAGUUAACAGUUACAACCAGCCGCUGUUCUUGAUAUGGACGGUGACAGAUUGGUUGAUUUUAGACUCUGGAAAGGGUGUGGCUUAGAAAUUAAGCGGAGCUUUCAGCACAUUAUGGAAAAUUUGGAUGACAUAGCUUUGAAGAGGACAGUAACCUGGCCUAAUGCUCCUAAAUUGGAUUCAUAAACUGUCUUUUCAUCUGAUGUGUUAUAAAAAUGAACAUUAUUGUUAGAGGUUACAGAGCGUUAAUAUAUGAAAUCAUUAUUUAAUAAAUGUAACUAAAUUGAUAGUUAGAGGUAGUAUCACGUGAUAUAUCAAGUUGUUUAAUAGAUGAAACUAGAUUCAUUGUUAGAGCAAUAUAAUAAUAAUAUAUCAAAUCGUUAUUUAAUAGAUGUAAGUACUCUUUUUGGAUAAAUAUAAUUUUAUUAAAUGUA